AUGUCACAAGAGAGAAUGGAACGACAAGGUUCCCCUAUCACGAGUCUUAGACUCUUGAACGCGUUCCGACGUGAUGACCGCCCUGCGAUUGAGAGCCUAAUCUCUCAAAUUGAUACAUCUCAACCCUUGCCUCAUUUGGAGUCGCCUCUGCAUAUAGCCGUGAUGUGCGCAGACCCCCAGACGAUUGAUUUUGUGCUUCGCCACCUUCAUAUGGACCCGAAUACGCAAGCAUCUGAUACUGGCAACACGCCCCUGCAUCUGGCUGUAUCUACGGACCGUUUGGAAGCGGCUGCCUUGCUGCUAUCGCAGCCCAGCAUCAACGACACGAUUGAGAACAAGGAUAUGAAGACGCCCAUGCAGCUGGUGACAUCGACGGACAUGAUGCAUCUGCUGCAGAAUUCACGCGCUGAACUGCGAUCGCGUAUUGUGUAUGAGCUGGAGGAUUAUGAGGCGAAAGCGUCGCAGAAUGUGAUGGGAAGUGAGGAAGAAAUGGCCUUACUAGCGACGGUCUGUCUUCCUCGUGUCACAGCGGUAGACCUCGCAGUGGUGAGCCAUACGUCAAACAACGAUGUACUUCACAGCGCUGUUAAGUAUAAAUCGACGGACCUCAUCAAGGCUUGUGUGAACAAAGGCGUCGACCCCUAUGUCAAGGAUAUCAACGGCCGCAGUGCUGAUAACAUGACAGAAGACAAGAUGAUUCACGCCCUGUUGCGGCAGCUAGCGCAUGCAGGUGCCGAAAACUCCAUCAGUCUUCAGCAGUCGCCCAAGUAUCGUGGAUUCAUGGGCAAGUGGACCAACUAUGUGCACGGUUUCAAGACACGUUGGUUCGUGUUGGAGGAUGGUGUUCUAUCGUACUAUCGAAGUCCAGAGGAGGAAGGACGUCAAGCCCGCGGUGUAAUCCACAUGCGUCAUGCGGUCAUCGUGCCAGACCGCAAAGAACGCAACCGAUUCGAAAUUGUGAGCAAGUCGAGCAAAGACACAAUGCGUUGGUACUUGCGCAGCAGCGAUGCAGCGGAAUGUGUGCGUUGGAUCCAGAUCCUCGAAAAGGCUCGCCAGUUUUUGCAGUCCGACUCCUCAUCGGCGCCUGACAAGAGUGUCGCUGCAACAAUGAACCAGACCUCCCCUAUGAUCAACUCGCAAAGCCAUCGCUUGAGCGGCUCGUUUGCUGAAGCGCCUGAGCCGGUCACUUCGCUGUCGGACAACAUGCAAGAACUCACCUUUGAUGACGCUGCCAGCGACGUUGGCAGCGUCGAUGGCAGCGUCAGCGGGAGCACGGUCCUGCCGCAUGUGAAGAACUUUGCUAUGGUCAACAAUAUGAUGACGCUACACUUUGAAGUAUCCAUGCAGCUGCUCGAUGAGCUGGAACGCUCCGAAAAUGCGACAAGCACGGGGCUGGCGGCGCCUGUGCAAGCAAGCAAUGUGGUCGUUCCUACAGCCAGCACGGGCAUUCCGCAGCCUGUGGCUACCGUAUCUUCUACCUCGGCACGCUCGCAAUCUGAAAUCCGUGCGGCACUGCGUCGCUCGAUGGAAGAGCGUGCCCAGCUUUGGCAGGAGUUUAGUACUAUGACACAAGAGCGCGAGACGUAUAUGCGUAAGGAGAUUGAGCGCUUGGAGAGGACUCGUCAGCUGUGGGAAGAGCAGGUGAUGCUGAUCGACAAGCAGCACAACGAGCUGAUGGAGGAGCUGCGUGGCACGGCAAGUGAGAAUGCACAGCUUCGCAAAGAGCGUCGCCUGUUCCAACAAAAUGGAGCUGCUAUUUCGACGCCAAGUAACGAAGAUGGUCCUGUGCAAGACCAGUCCAACGGACUGCCGCAUGCCGUGAGUGCUACAGCUGGUGCUGUUACGGCUGCCGCGGGCGCUGCCGCAGGCGCAGCUGGAGCAGCAGCUGGAAUGAUUUCGCACAUCCUGCCGUCGCGCCAAAACACGUACAGCAGCGAUACAUACGAUGACGACGAUGAUGAGUUUUACGACUUUGGUGAGACGGACGAUACGUCGAACCUGUACGUCGAACCAGCAUUGCAGUCGUACCAUGACGACGACCAGGAGGUGGCGCCGAAUGUGCCGGACAAGGACAAUGCACCGCAAAAGCCGGACGAGGGUGCGGGCGCUGAUGCCGAUGUGGUGAGCGAGCGCAGUGGAGCGACUGGCGCUACAGCGACUGGCGCUGGCGCAGGGGCCGCCACGGCUGGAGCCGCAGGCGCUGCCGGCGCUGCAUCGACGAGCGACGACAAGGCGUCGGCAAGUGACAAGAAAGAGGAAGACUCUGCUACGCCCAGUUCCAGUGAGGACGAUGAAAUGUUCACUGGUCCUGGGUUCGAUCCGUACAACCAUUUGCGUCACAAGAUGCCGAUCGGUAAAGACAACCGUCCUUCGAUGUCACUGUGGGGCAUUCUCAAGAACAACAUCGGCAAAGACUUGACGAAGAUCUCGUUCCCUGUGGCCUUCAAUGAGCCUACGUCGAUGUUGCAGCGCAUGUCGGAAGACUUGGAGUUCUCGGAAUGCUUGGAUGCGGCCUCGAAGCAAAAAGACUCGCUUCGACGUAUCAUGUUUGUGGCUGCCUUUGCGAUGUCAAACUAUAGCUCGACAAUUGGGCGAAUUGCGAAGCCUUUCAACCCCAUGUUGGGUGAAACAUUUGAAUAUGUUCGUCCCGAUCGUCACUACCGCUACGUAAGUGAGCAGGUGAGCCACCAUCCUCCGAUUUCAGCAUGUUUCUGUGAGUCGCCUACGUGGGAGUAUAUGGGCUGCGUGGAUGCCAAGUCCAAGUUUAUGGGUCGCACCUUUGAGAUCAAGCCUACCGGUGUGGCGCAUGUCAAGUUGAAGGUCGAUCCUGAAUGGAUCCCUGGUGGCCAAGGCACUAGCUUGGCUCACGCGCCUGGUGAUGAUAAACACGUGCUGGAGCACUACUCGUGGAACAAGGUGACAACUUGUAUCAGUGGCUUCAUUACAGGGUCGACGACGAUUGACCACUAUGGCGAUAUGGUAGUCACCAACCAUGCCACCGGUGAGACAUGCACACUGACGUUCAUGCCGCGUGGCUGGCGCAGUGCGAAUGCCUUCGAGAUCCGCGGUAAGGCUGUGGAUGCCAAUGGCAAGACACAGUGGGAAAUCGCCGGACGUUGGAACAGCCAGCUGAUUGCACGACCAGCUACCAGUGGCUCUAAGGACUUGAAUCCAGACUCGCAAGUGAGCCAGGAUGACAAGAACUUGUUGUUAUGGCGCAACAGCAAGAAAUAUCCUACACCUUUCAACUUGACUCCAUUUGCCAUUACGCUCAACUCACGCCCAGAUGGCCUGAAAGAUUACUUGCCGCCCACCGACUGCCGCCUACGUCCCGACCUUUCCGCAUUUGAGGUGGGUCAGUUUGACAAGGCAGACCAGCUGAAAGUGCAGCUUGAGCAACUGCAGCGCGAGACUCGUGUGAAGCGCGAGCAGGGUCAACUUCCUCCCCAUAAGCCUCACUGGUUUGCUAAGACGACUGACAAAGACACGAAUGCAUCGUUCUGGAAGCCUCUUACAUCCAAGGAUGAGCAUGGCCGUGAAACGAUGAACUACUGGAUUGAGCGAGCUGAAGUUGGCAAGAAGCGUGCCAAUCAGGAGCAAGCUGAAUGGAAGGGUUGUGACCACAUUUUCGGUAACAUUGCUCAGUAA